UGGCCCGGGGGGCGGGGAGAUGGCGGCCCAUGAGGAGGAGCUCGCGGGGAGGAGAGAGAGGCGGAGAGAGGGCGACGAGCCGGACGCGAUAGCAGAACCGCCGGACAGCCAGAGUGGACAGGACGCCGGGAAGCCCGGCACGUUCCGGGAAAGGUACUGGGAGAGGUCCCAGGAGCGCUACCGGGAGAGGUCCGUGAAGCCGAGGGUCGAGGACCAGGUCGGGUGGAAGUACCGGCUGGAGAAGAAGCCCAGCUGGCCCAAGUCCUCGAAGCUGCCGGAACCUGAGCAGAGCGAGGUUUACCAAGAGGAUAUCUUGAUCCCCGCGAAAGUGCGGCGGCCCACGAUCAGGUUCAGUUACCAGCCCCCACAUCCCCGCCGCCAGUCGCAAAGGUCCGCCAGCAGCCACGCCUCGAGCAGUGUCGUUAACGAGCUGGCGAAGAUGGGCGACCCGAACGUCCUGGAGAUGGUGCAGGAAGAAGAGAGAAGAAUCAGUGGAGAAGUAGACUGUAUUUAUGAAACAAAUGAGGACCAGAGCAGCAGAGAGUCCAGCUAUCUCAUCAGUGAAGAACCAAGGUCUUUAAAGAGAUACAAUUUGUUCCUGAAGCGACGUAUUUUGUUUAAAAAAGAUGAGCAAAGCAAAGAUUCUAUCUUCUUCCGAGAUGGGAUUAGGAAGAUUGAUUUUGUGCUUUCCUAUGUUGACGACAUGAAGAAAGAAGCAGAACUGAAGGCGGAAAGAAGAAAAGAAUUUGAACAAAAUCUCAGAAAAACAGGUCUUGAGUUGGAAACUGAAGAUAAAAGGAACUCUGAAGAUGGAAAAACUUAUUUUGUCAAGAUCCAUGCCCCUUGGGAGGUAUUAACUACUUAUGCUGAAGUGCUGGGAAUCAAAAUGCCUAUAAAGGAGAGUGACAUUCCUCGAUCUGACAAGAUCCCUUUUAGCUAUAUGCUUGGGCCUCUGAAGCUCCCCAGGAAUGUGAAGCAUCCUCAUCCUGAAUAUUUCACUGCACAAUUCACCAGACAUCGGCAGGAGCUCUUCCUCAUUGAAGACGAGUCAAGCUUCUUUCCAUCCUCAGCAAGAAACAGAAUUGUUUAUUAUAUUCUCUCACGGUGUCCUUUUGGCAUUGAAGAUGGAAAGAAAAGGUUUGGAAUUGAAAGACUACUAAAUUCCAAUACCUAUUCAUCUGCCUUUCCACUCCAUGAUGGUCAAUAUUGGAAGCCAUCAGAACCUUCUAAUCCUGCAAAUGAAAGGUACAUACUUCACCAGAACUGGGCUCGGCUUUCCUAUUUUUACAAGGAGCAACCUUUUCAUUUGAUUAAGGAUUAUUAUGGAGAAAAAAUUGGCAUCUAUUUUGUCUUUCUUGGAUUUUACACAGAAAUGCUGUUUUUUGCAGCUGUAGUUGGCUUAGCUUGUUUUAUUUAUGGCUUAUUAUCGAUGCAUGAUAGCUCAAGCAGCACUGAGAUCUGUGACCCUAAUAUUGGAGGUCAGAUUAUCAUGUGCCCCCUCUGUGAUCAUGUGUGUGACUUUUGGAGACUAAAUUCUACGUGUUUGGCUUCGAAGGUCUCUCAUUUAUUUGACAAUGAGUCAACGGUGUUCUUUGCAAUAUUCAUGGGAAUUUGGGUCACAUUGUUUUUGGAGUUUUGGAAACAGCGACAAGCCAGACUGGAAUAUGAAUGGGACCUGGUGGACUUUGAAGAGGAACAGCAGCAGCUUCAGCUGAGACCUGAGUUUGAAGCCAUGUGCACGCACAGGAAGAUGAACACAGUGACUAAGGAGAUGGAACCUCACAUGCCUCUAUGUAAUCGUAUUCCAUGGUACUUUUUAUCGGGAGCCACAGUGACGUUAUGGAUGUCUCUGGUCAUCGCGUGCAUGGUAGCGGUGAUUGUGUACCGCCUGUCCGUCUUUGCCACCUUCGCUAGCUUCGUGGAAAGUGAAGCAUCCCUGAAGCAUGUCAAAAGUUUCCUCACUCCGCAGAUAACCACCUCACUCACUGGGUCCUGCCUGAACUUCAUUGUCAUCUUGAUCUUGAAUUUCUUUUAUGAAAAGAUAUCUGCCUGGAUUACAAAAAUGGAACUUCCUCGAACUUACCAGGAGUAUGAGAGCAGUCUUACCUUGAAAAUGUUCCUGUUUCAGUUUGUGAAUUAUUAUUCAUCCUGCUUCUACGUAGCUUUCUUUAAAGGGAAGAUCGUGGGCUAUCCCGGAAGAUACACAUAUUUGUUUCACGUGUGGAGAAGUGAAGAGUGUGAUCCUGGAGGCUGUCUAAUAGAAUUGACAACCCAGUUGACCAUCAUAAUGACUGGGAAACAGGUCUUUGGAAACGUUAAAGAAGCUAUAUAUCCCUUGGUUCUGAAUUGGUGGAGACGCCGAAAGGCUCGAACCAACUCUGAAAAGCUAUACAGUCGAUGGGAGCAGGACCAUGACCUUGAAACUUUUGGUUCCCUUGGGCUAUUCUAUGAGUACUUGGAAACAGUUAUCCAGUUUGGAUUUGUUACAUUAUUUGUGGCGUCUUUUCCUUUGGCUCCUCUUCUUGCUCUCUUGAAUAAUAUUAUAGAGAUUCGAGUGGAUGCCUGGAAGCUUACUACUCAGUACAGGAGACCUGUAGCUGCUAAGGCUCAUAGCAUAGGUGUUUGGCAAGACAUUCUCUAUGGAAUGGCUGUCCUUUCUGUUGCAACUAAUGCUUUUAUUGUUGCAUUUACAUCAGACAUGAUUCCUCGUUUAGUUUACUACUAUGCCUACUCAACAAAUAGCAUUGAGCCUUUAAAAGGGUAUGUCAACGACAGCCUGUCAACAUUCCUGAUAGCGGAUUUUCCAAACAACACUGUGCCUUCGGAAAAACGGGACUUCACCACUUGCAGGUACAGAGAUUACAGAAAUCCUCCUGAUCACGAUGAGAAAUAUUUUCAUAAUAUGAAGUACUGGCACGUCCUUGCUGCCAAGAUGACCUUCAUCAUAGUUAUGGAGCACAUUGUGUUUUUAAUCAAGUUUUUGUUGGCCUGGAUGAUCCCUGAUGUUCCAAAAGAUGUUGUGGAAAGAAUCAAGAGAGAAAAGUUAAUGACUGUCAAGAUUCUCCACGACUUUGAGCUUAACAAACUAAAAGAGAACUUGAAAAUGACUUCUGAUGAUUUUGCCAAGCAUGUUCUUAUUCAGGAAAACAAAGCCCAGCUGGCUCAGUCCACAGUCUGAGCGGCACAGCCGGCCAGCGGCCAGCGGCCUGUCUGACUUCACAGUCAUAUUCCCUGGGUUUGGGGCCAGAAGGCAGAAGCCAUGUGUUGAUUUUAACCCCCUCUUUCUUUUCUUCAACUCAAAGUUUUUUGUACCCUUUUAUAGAGGCCAGUUUGGUAGAGGUUGGAAGGAGCUUUUCUGCUUCAUUGGCUGGGCCCGCCCCAGACACCAUUCUCGGGGGUUCUGUAGAUGAUUGUUUAAAAUGUGUAUGAAAUCAGAAUAUAUUAAAAUCGUGGGAUGUUGCAGUUUAGAACUAAACACUGGUUGUGCGCUAUCCCAUCACCUUCCAGUGCAGCUGCUCAUUUUCAUGGUCUUCUUUCUGUUGGGUUAUUUUAUAUCUCCUUCCCAUCAAGAGAAAUCCUGGGGGGAAAAGAAGAGAAGUGAAGAGGCCUACUGAGCCAUAUGUGUGUGUGUGUGUGUGUGUGUGUGUGUGUGUGUGUGUAUACCUUGCCAUUUUAGACUAUGCAGAAAAACCAAAAUCAGAUAACAUAAGAAAACUCACAUACUAAAAUUACUGGGUAAAUAUCAUGGCAGGAGUUUGUUCCCGAAAUCCUCCUGAAUAAGGUAAACUUCCAUCAGAAUUCCAGA